AUCAUCAAGAAGCAGAUCCUGAAGCACCUGUCCCGGUUCACGAAGAAUCUGUCCCCGGACAAAAUCAACUUGAGCACGCUGAAAGGGGAGGGUCAGCUGACCAAUCUGGAGCUGGAUGAAGAGGUCCUACAGAAUGUGCUGGAGCUGCCCACCUGGCUGGCCAUCACGCGGGUCUACUGUAACAGGGCCUCCAUCCGGAUCCAGUGGACAAAGCUGAAGACACAUCCGAUUUGCUUGUGUCUGGAUAAGGUGGAGGUGGAGAUGAAGACGUGUGAGGAGCCUCGGCCCCCCAAUGGGCAGUCUCCCAUUGCCCUUGCCUCAGGGCAGAGUGAGUACGGCUUUGCCGAGAAGGUGGUCGAGGGGAUGUUCAUCAUCGUCAACUCCAUCACCAUCAAGAUUCACUCCAAGGCCUUCCACGCCUCUUUUGAGUUGUGGCAGCUCCAGGGCUACAGUGUCAACCCCAGCUGGCAGCAGAGUGACCUCCGCCUCACGCGAAUCACUGACCCCCACCGUGGAGAGGUUUUAACAUUUAAGGAGAUAACCUGGCAAACACUUAGAAUUGAAGCCGAUGCCACAGACAACGGUGAUCAGGACCCAGUCACCACUCCACUGAGGCUCAUUACCAACCAAGGCAGGAUCCAGAUAGCCCUCAAGAGAAGAACCAGAGAUUGCAACGUGAUCGCCUCCAAGCUGAUGUUCCUGUUGGCUGACCUGCUCUGGGUGCUCACGGACUCGCAGCUCAAGGCCAUGAUGAAGUAUGCAGAGUCUCUGAGCGAGGUCGUGGAGAAGUCAGCCCAGCAGAGGAAGAGCAUGGCCCCUGAACCUGCCCAGAUCACUCCGCCAGCUCCCAGUGCCCAGCAGUCCUGGGCCCAUGCGUUUGGUGGCAGCCAGGGCAGCAGCACCCGCCUCAGCCAGUACUUUGAGAAGUAUGACGUGAAGGAGUCCUCCUACCAUCUCCUCAUCUCUCGCUUGGACCUGCACAUUUGCGAUGACAGCCCGUUCCGAGAACCAGGUGUCUCUGCAAACAGACUGAUGGGUGGUGCCAUGCAGCUUACCUUCCACAGGAUGGCGUUUGACUAUUACCCCUUCCACUGGGCAGGUGAAAGCUGCAAACACUGGCUGAGGUACUGUGCAGCCAUGGAGACCCGAGGCCAAUGGGCCCAAAACCUGGUUACGGAGUUUCAGAGUGAAAUGGAAAAGAGGCACGAGGAGAUGGGGCUCAAAGCCCCCUGGCACCUGGGGGGCGACUCGCCCUUCCGGAGGAAGGCAGAGUCUCUCUCUAGUCCUCGGAAGAGCCCCCUUGAGAAAAGUCCCUCUCAGGGCCAACAGGUUGCCGUUGGGCCCCCGGCCUGGAAUCGGUUACGCUCCAGCUGCCUGGUCGUACGGGUGGACGACCUGGACAUCCACCAGGUCUCCACAGCUGGACAGCCCAGUAAGAAACCAUCUACACUUCUCUCCUGCAGUCGGAAGCUCCACAACCUGCCCACUCAGGUGUCCGCCAUUCACAUCGAGUUCACAGAGUAUUACUUCCCAGACAGCCAGGCGCUCCCAGUUCCCUGUCCCAAUCUCUACAUUCAGCUAAACGGCCUGACAUUUACGAUGGAUCCUGUCAGCUUGCUCUGGGGAAACUUCUUUUGCCUGGAUCUGUAUCGCAGCUUGGAGCAGUUCAAAGCUAUCUACAAGCUGGAAGACUCAACCCAGACAGAUGAGCACCUGGACAUCAGACUGGAUGCCUUCCGGUUGAAGGUGAGCUUCCCUCUGGAGAAGAGAGAGCAGGCUGGGCUGCAUCGUCCCCAGACUCUUGCCAUGUCUGCAUCCGGCAUGACGGCCACCAACACUCGCCAUGCUCUGCAUUGCAGCUGUCCAGACCUCCAGAGCCUCUUCCGGGCCUUUGCUGCUACUGAGUUCUUCCAUUCCAGCCAUGUCCGUUUCCCCAAGGUCCCUGGGGGCUUCAGCCUCCUGCACAUGCUCUUCUUGCACCAUGCCUUCCAACUGGACUCUCGCCUCCCUCCCCAGAAGCCCAGGGCCUCCCAGGAUCUCUGGUCCAUCCACUUCGCCCAGAUCUCCUUGGACUUUGAGGGCACAGAGCACUUCAAAGGGCGUACCUUGAAUUUUGUGGCCCCCUUCCCCCUGUCCGUUUGGGCCUGCCUGCCGCGCCGCUGGCAGCAAGCCCAGGCCCGGAAGCGCCUCCUGGCCGCAGAGGGGAGGCUGAAGCCGUCAGCCAGCUUUGGCAGUCCUGUCCAUUCCGAGGCCCUGGUCCCUGAGUCUGGGUCCCAUCAGAGGUCGAGGACUGAGCAAGACUUGAAAAGCCUCUCAGGACUCCCGGAAGUCGUGGGGAUGCUGCAGGAAAGCGGAGGUGAUGCCGAGAGCAAGGGCCCUCUGUCGGGGUUGGAGGAUGCAGCUGACGUUCACGUGCUGGUCCAGUCCCCCGCCCAGGUCCGUGUGAGGCUUGACCACUACCAGUACCUGGCUCUGCUCCGCCUGAAGGAGGAGUUGCAGGGUCUUCUGGAGCAGCUAACAAAGGAUACGGAGGCCAUGAUGGGGACGCCCCUGCAGGACCAGACGGCCUGCGUUGGAGUCCUCUUCCCCAGUGCCGAAGUGGCUCUGCUCCUGCCCCCUGCCCCCAGGCCUGGUGAGGCGGACUCUGCUGGGUCAGACACCACCAGCCUCCUGGACUCGGAGCCCUCUCCUUCGGAGGGCCGGGAGCUGAAGUCGGACGCCUCCUCGGACCAGGGCCCCGCGAGCCCAGAGAAGGUGCUGGAGGACAGUAGCCUUGCAAACCUGCCCGGAGCCCAGGACGGGCCAGCGCCUCGGCCGAGUAACGGAGACCUGCAGGGCUCGGGCUCGCUCGCCCGGCAGCAGGCGGGACAGGGCCACGAGGCAGUCGAGCUCAGCCGGGCCCAAGUGUCCAGCUCAGCAACAGCGGCGGAGCCCCCGACUGGCAGAGAAACUGCUGUGAAUGGGCAGGGCGACCUCAUCCCCUUGAAGAACGUUGAAGGGGAGCUGUCAAGUGCUAUUCACAUGACCCAGGAUGCCACCAAGGAGGCCCUGCAUGCCACCAUGGACCUCACCAAGGAAGCCGUGGCCCUGACUAGGGAUGCCUUCAAUCUCGGCAAAGACCGCAUGACCUCCACCGUGCACAAGAUGCUGUCCCUGCCCCCAGCCAAGGAUCCCCUGGCCAAGAUGGAUGAGGGGGUGGCCACGCCAGUGAGCGGAGGAGCUGCCCGACUCCGCUUUUUCUCCAUGAGGAGGACCAUGUCCCAGCAGUCAUUUGAUGGUGUCUCGUUGGACAGCAGUGGCCCUGAAGACCGGAUUUCAGUGGACAGCGACGGCAGUGAGGGAUUUGUGAUGCUCUUGGAGUCUGAGUCUGGUCCGGAUUCUCUCCCGUCAGGAUCUCUUCCCAGUGUCUUGGAUGAUGCUGGUGUCCAAGGGAGCCCUGCUGUGGACACUCCUGGCCAGGGGUCUCCCGAGGCCAAUGGCGCGGUCUCACCCAGUGGAGAAGGCCUCGACAUUCACCCGGUCUCAGUGCUGGUCCUGAGGGUGAAUGAGGUGGCUUUGGGGAUAGAGGUGCAUGGGGAGGACCUGAUCGUGGCCAUGCAAGCAGAGGAACUGACCCUCCAGCAGCUGGGCACCGUGGGCCUCUGGCAGUUCUUGCACGGACAGUGCCCAGAUGCAAGUUUUCAGGAUCCCUCGACUUUGAAGGCCGGCCACAUCAGGCCAGCUGUGGGCCUUCGAUUUGAGGUGGGGCCUGCUGCUGCUGUCCAUUCCCCACUGGCCACACAGAAUGGCUUCUUGCACUGCUUGGUUCAUGGCUGUGACCUUGAGCUGUUCACUUCAGUGCUCAAUGCCUUGGGGCCCUUCUUUGAGGAUGAGGAGAUUCCAGUGGUGGUCCCCAUGCAGAUUGAGCUCCUGAACUCCAGCAUCACCCUGAAGGAUGACAUCCCUCCCAUCUACCCGACGUCCCCGGGCCCUGUCCCCAUCACCCUGGCCAUGGAGCACCUGGUGCUGAAGCGGAGUGAUGACGGGGUGUUCAGCAUAGGCGCUGCUGCGCAGGACAGGCCAUCAGCAGAAGCACAAGUACCUAAAAGUGAGAAGAGGCAGCCCCCCAAAGAACAAGCGUUCCUGGUCCCCACAGAGGUGGUGGCUUUUGGACUGCAGAUAAAAGAACUGCCCUCCUUACAAAAAGAACUUCAAGAAACCAAACUAGCAUUGGCUAAUGCCAACCAGGACAAGGCGAAACUGCUUCAGGAGAUUAGGAAAUAUAACCCGCUCUUUGAGCUCUGACAGCGGUGCCUCGGGCUUCCGUGCCACGGAGAGAGACCAGCAGCAGCAGCAGCAGCACUGCCGCACACAGGGGCUGCGGCUGCGCGCCCAGUGCUGAAGAGUCCGCCGAGGACGUCCAGAGUGCAGUAUGCCGGACUCACUCCUCGUGGGGGGUGCUUUCCACUAACUGUUCGAACACAGGCGGAGGACAGGGCCAAGUGUGAUCACGUCGCAGGAAAUUGGGGGCACCUUUGUGUGUGGCUCACACUCAUCUCCUGCUAUAGAUAACCUUCCAGGCCUCUGUAUACCGGGGGAUCUGGGCAUGCAGAUCCCGAUUCCAUGGCAGAGACAUAUGCUUCUUCCACAGCCUUUGUGAACAAGGGGAAGUAGUCUCCUCUCAGCCCCCACUGAGCCACCAAAGAUUCCAUGUCCCAGAGCUUCCUGUAGCACACCUGAACGGGCUUUGGCUUAAGCUUUGGCCACAGUAAAUAGUCAAGUAAGAAGUCAUCCGGCAAGGUGUGGCGGGUCAGGAAAGGCACGAGAAAAUAAGGGGCCUUGGACGCUGCGCUUUUGGAAAGGGAACCAAGCUCCUGUCAUCCACCGUCAGAUUGUUCAGGGUCCGCGUCCUUUCAGUUGUCUGGUCAUCAUCGUGGUGCAGGGGUAUUAGCACUGGUGCUAGCCCUGCCCUGCCCUGUAUAACUGUGCAUCUGGAGUUGAAACCAAGAAUGGGCCCCUCAGAGCGAGGUUGAACUGAAGGCGUGAUGGGGGAGGACCCACAGCAGGCUGAGUCCCAGCCGCUGGGCUUGCCGGAGCCCCUCCCCUUCUCCACAGCAGGGCCUCAACCUCUGAGAGUCCCCCUGGGGCCCUGGCACAGCUUCUUUCCCAGCACUGUGACUUUCUCCCAGCCCUCUCCUCAGCACCGGGUCGUUUGGGGACUAAAAAUGUGUUUUAAACAGUAACAUAAACAUGUCAGCCCCUUGUUCUCCUAUCCCCUCUCUCACUGUGGCUUUUCUUAAUCACAUAAUUUUGACUUCAACCCUUCCACCCAGCUGGGUUUCCCCUGACCUCUAAGGGAUGUUCCUUUCCUAUCUAACUCCCCGCCAACACUCCACCUUCAUCCAUACCACUCUGCGUCUACGUUGAUUGGAUAGAAGUUCAUCGGCUGACUCACCUUGACUUGGCAACAUGGCAAAAUACUGGUGUAAUGGUGUCACUGAAGUCUUAAAUCGCACAUGACCCUUUACAGGAAUUCCCACCUGAUUGAUCUCCUCUGGUUUUAUGCGAAGAUAAAUGUGCAUUCAAGAAGGAACUAGAUGGAAUUUUUUAGACUUUCAAAAAACACUUGUCAACGUUCUAGACAGGCGGUUUUUAAAACAAUUGCUAUAUGACUAGGAUCAUUUGUCAUGCUUAGAAAGGGACUGAGGUGUAGGAAAAAAAGAAGCAUAUUUCUGGACGAAUGCUAAUGGAGACCUUUCUUAAAGGGUGAUGCCUGGUUCAACUAAGAUUUUUAUGAAGACCUGGAAGUACUAGCGUUGUGAAAUCAAACGUCAUGAACUGAAGGCAGUGAAAAGUCAAACCAGGUGAGAUUAAGAACAAACUACAGGAGGGUCCGAGAACUCGGAAUAGCAAGCUGAGGUUCGGAAUGGGCAAGUGUCCCGUGUUUGUGGGAGAGCCACCAACAGGUAAGGUCACGAGCUCCGCUAAGCUCAGGGAAGACUGCUCAGCAUCGCUGACGAGGAGGGCUCAGCGUGCUGCCCUGGCCAAAGCCCACCUGCUCCCUAGGCAUCAGGGAGGGCUUUGGGGGCAGCACCCAAAGCACCAUCGCGCCUAAGACCACGGUCAUGCCUUCAUCAGAUUGUCUGUGGAUUUCUAGUGGCCUCACUUCGGAAAGGGGCAAGGCGUGAGCUAAAAGAUGAUCAGGCCUCGUGCUCUUCCCCCACGGGGAACCAUCUUUCGAAUACAGUCUCCAUCCUGGAAAGAUGAAAGCAGAAGUGUUGGGCCAGAGAUCCAGGCAAGAACCAGAGCAUGCUUACUGAGUCUGAAAUCCUAGGUCUCGGGCUCUACCUCAGGUACGAGACACACUUCUCACAGCAAAUCAGAAAUUUCACCGAGCGGCUCACUUUCAGAAACUCUGUACAUGGGCUCAGAAGGCUUCAGAAGAAUCCUGUACGGUGGCCUCCCAGGAGGGACGGUAGGAAAUUAGGGCUGGCUGGUGGUAGCACGCCUGAGAGGGAACUGCAGGCCUCCACAAACUCGUCUCCAAAGGCAGAAGCGUGUUACUGGCUCUCAAGUGUGGCAGCUCCAUUACUCUGGGAGACAGUGUGGGCAGAUGCAGUAGACAGGGAGCGGCAUUACUGCCCUGAAUUGGUGUAAGAUCAUUAUUUGUCGUCUACUUUUGCUUGGUAGGAGGCAGUGGAAACCAAUCCAGCAAGCAGGAAGGUUAGCCCCGUAAUAGCUAGAGUCCAGAUUUCUGGGCCCAUCCUGUGUAGGACCUCUUACGUGGCAGCUUUGGCCAUCCCAUCGUGUCUUGAAAUCCACCCUCAGGAAAUGUGGCAGGGUCAUUAUCUCAUGGGAUUUUUCAGGAAAUCAUCUUGUGUAACUUCAUACCCCUGUUCAUCGGGAAGGUUUUGCCUCCCACCAUGUGGUGGCAGGCCUCAGGGUGAGUGUCACGGAAGACGAGGAAAAGCGUCAAUUCCUUUGGAUUGUUUCGGAUUUCCCUCUUGGGCAGCAAGAGUCUGAACAAGAAAUAAUACCUCAAGAAACUGUCCAGGCAGCACCGCUAGCCCUCCAGGACUCCCGCCACUGCACACCAGCCUUUGUUGUGCAGUCCCUAUGACGGCGCUCUGUGCCUGUCUGGCGCUCCUGUUCACGUGGAGGGACGAGGCACCGCUGCUCCAGUGGAUGAGCAUUCAGACCCUCCAGAGCUGGGUUAUGGGGACACCUCUUUUACGGAGUUCUCUUUUCAACUCGUGGCACCCACCAAGCUUCUCGCAAGGAGUGUGUUCUAGUCAGAUGACUGCCUCUUACUGUCACCUGACUCCAUUUGUAACAGACCUCGACCUUCUUUAUGCCCCCUUCCACAGUCCCAAAGCAGUGGGUCCUGUAUAUGGAAUACACUAGGCAUGAACCCCACCCCAGCACCGUUACUGGUACGCUUCCAGUGAACUCACACCAUUCAUUUCCCCUCAGAUCUGGGGUGGAAAGAAGACAGUGUGAAAUAGUGCCAUGGUGAUUAUUGGAACUUUCCAUUCCACACCUUUACAUUGAGACUGACCCUCCCCCCCCCCCACGGAUGUUCAAGUGUCUCAAAUCCGUUCUAGUAAAACUAUAAAGCUAUGGAAACCACUGUACACACAGGAAAGGUGACAUCUGGUUCUUGGAGAACUGCAGGGGGACUUUGAGAGAAUCCACUGGGACACACCGUCCUUUCAUGGCCCGGGGUCUUCACCUAGCUGGCCCACCCCCACCCUACAUACCUUUUGCUAGACCAGGACUAGUCCCACUGUGCUCAGUGGAUUUGGAGAGUAGCAUCUCUCACUGCACUCUGUAACACUGCAGCUUCGUCACAGUGGCUAGGGUUCCUCUUGUGUUUCCAAGUCUCAGUCUCCUCCAGUAUCCAAUUGCAGCGGAUUCUGGAACGACUUUAACCCUUCCUGAUAUUUCCUAGAGAAGACCUAGGUUUUUGCCCAUUGUUUAACAGCAUUUCUCUGCUGCCUGUGUCUCCUCCCACUGGCUCUGUACUGAAGGACAGCCAUUGUGUUUUGAUAUUCUUAAGCCCGAUUUUCCCAGUCUUAUGAGUUCAAGGUGUUUCCUCUAACCUGGGUGCUAAACAGAAUCGGAAUCUGUCCUAAGACGCAUGCUCAGGAAAGCUUCAAAAGAGAACAGCUUCAACAUUCUCCUAUGACACUGAAUGCUAGGGGGGAAGAAUUCCUGGGGAUUGCCAGUUAGAUCAGCCUUAUUAUGGCUAAUCACUGUUAACAAUAGGUCACUCUAUCCCCCUGUAUCCAAGGAAAACAAGAAUGUACCAAUGGACUGGAAUCCUGGUCAGUAUUGGGAAAUUUUAAUGUUGUGAUUUCUGAUCAAACCUUGAGUGUACUGGUUCUAUGAACCAUCCGGGGGAAAAAAUUAAACAUUAAAUAAUAUUGGUUGUGAAUAAAUAA